AGAACGACGGCUGCGUAGCUGAGGAAACGUUCUCACCGGGUGUCACGUUUCCGUCGACGGAAAUAAAUGCGUGUGGUCAAGUGUGUGUCCCUCCCGCGUGCGUUUCGUGCUUGCCCGGUGAAGAUCGUCGCGGAUCGACCAAACUUGUACGCUCGCACGCGUGAUCCAUUCGCAGCUGUUCGCUCGAUUUCGCCAGCGAACUCUGGAUAAGAAGAUGUUUCUCGGUGAUCAAGAGGAGAACGUUGAUUCAGUAAUGGCAGAUUGAGAUCCUUGUUCUCUGGAUAGCUCCGGAGCCAGCCACGAGAUCCACCUGGGUGGCAAUCAACCCAGGAAUUCGACGAAUCUUCCGGCUGGAAAGGCAAGAAAGAAGGGAAUCAGGAAAUACCUGGGUCGGAAUAGCCGGGGAAGAACAAUCGAUGCAUCGGAAAUCGACGCGUUCGUGAAAACGAAAUGGACAACUGGCCGAGCGGAAAUCGCGUUCACCGGAGAAGAAGCCGGGCAGAACUAUCGGAACGCCAUGAGAGUCGCGCGAACGUUUAACCCUCGCUCGGUUACCGGCAAAUCCGACGAUGUUUGAUUUCUCUCCGAGCGAGACUCGCGUACGACCGACUCGCUGAGCCGGACGAUCCUUUCUCGGUAAUUGCCCGGCCGGAAAGAUGCCGAUCGAAACGGCUAAUCGUUAGUAGAGCACGUACAGCGAUGACUCGCGGACCGAUUCAGUCGAGGACGAUUCAUCUUCGCGUUCGCGCGUGCUAGUGACUCGAUAGUGUUUGUGUUGGAUUAACCUGGUGCGUGCAUCGCGAUGAUCCUGUGUCCCGUCACUCUGUUCACCUGUCUUCCAACCUGCACGGAGGAGUCUCCAGAAAGCAGAGGAAAUCACAGCGUCGAAUGCAGCGCCACGAUGACGCGAGCAGCGCCAGAACGACGGAGAAGACGAUCGAGCGUCGCGACGCAACACGCCCUCAGGCUGAUCCUGCAGAUCCUACUGAUACAACAUUUCUCGACGACCAAAGCCACCGAUCAGAUGGCCGAGUGCCCACCCCCAGAAACUAUUCCAGGCUGUCCCUGUUACAAUUUUGAGGACGGUCUUUUCCUGGAAUGCCCUGGCGCCACCGAGGAUACCCUCAGGACUACUCUGCAAGGAGUUCUGAAUGCUGGUGGAGCGGGAACGACGGUGCAGUCGUUGAGCGUUUACGAGCUGGACAAGACCAUAGAGGAAUUGAAAGAUGACUGUUUUCCGGUCGGUUCGCAGAUCAGGCACCUUCAAAUAUCACAUUCUUCCCUUCGGGAACUUAGCGAAGGCGCGUUCGCGAAUCUGAAAGACAGUUUGGAAUCGUUGGCCCUGGUUUCUAGUCGUUUGCCCCAGGUGCCGCAAAAGUCGCUGGCCGACCUGAGGAAGCUAGCCGCUCUGGACCUCGAAGCGAACCUCAUACAAGAACUCUCCUCUUACUGUUUCUACGGACUGAAGUUGAUGAAACUGACUCUGAAAGGCAAUCAAAUAUCGAAGAUCUCCGAGUACGCGUUCGCGGGCCUGGAGGAUAGUCUGAGCGAUCUGGACCUGGCCGAGAAUAAGCUGAAACUGUUUCCCAUGGCGCCACUGAGGAGACUAGAAAGCUUGGCUUCGCUCACCCUGGCCUGGAACGAGAUCUCGGAACUCCCAAACGACGGCUAUAGUCUGCUAAGCUCGUUGCUGAUCCUCGACCUGAGCAGCAACAACUUCGAGAAGCUCGCAGAGGACUGCUUCAGACCCUGUCCCAUCUUGCACAGUCUGUCCUUGUACUACAAUUCCAUCGAGACCAUUCACAAGGACGCGUUCGUAUCGCUGAAAGAGCUGGAGUCCAUCGAUCUCAGUCACAACAAGAUCGUGUUUCUCGACUUGGCCACCUUCAAGGGGAACGAGAGGCUGCGCACCAUCGAGUUAAGUCAUAAUCACAUUCAUUACAUCGGCGGAGUGUUUGCCAGACUGCCAGAAUUAAGGGAACUCUACCUGGCAGAGAACAAUAUCCUGGAGAUCCCCGGGGACGCUUUCAUAGGCAGCGUCAGUCUGGCGGUCAUCUACCUCCAACAGAACGCCAUCAGAAGAAUCGAUGGCAGGGGUCUGACCGGUCUCACGCAAUUGGCUCAAUUACAUCUUAGCAACAACUACAUCGAGAAGGUGCCGCCAGAAUUUCUGGAACACUGCGUGAUGCUCUCGUCCCUGUCCCUGGACGGUAACAAGAUCAACGAGCUUCAGCCAGGCACGUUCGUCAAAUUGCAUCAGCUCCGCGAGCUGCGACUGCAGGACAACAACAUCACCGAGGUGAAGCGCGGAGUCUUCGCGCCUCUUCCGUCGCUUCUGGAGCUUCACCUGCAGAACAAUGCUAUCACCGACAUGGAAACGGGAGCGCUGAGGACCCUGAGCAGCCUACAGCACGUGAAUCUCCAGGGAAACCAGCUGACCGUGCUGGGCGACGUGUUUCAGUUGUCCUCUUCGGAAUCGUCGGCUGGAGGCAGCUCCCUGGUGUCCAUUCAGUUGGACAGCAACGGACUAGCGGUGCUGCACAACGACUCCCUGCGUGGUCAAGCCUCGGUCAGAAUCAUGUGGCUGGGUCACAACAAGUUGACGCAUCUCCAGGCGCCUCUCUUCAGGGACUUGCUCCUCGUGGAACGACUCUAUCUGACCAACAACUCCAUCUCCAGGAUAGAGGACGGUGCUUUCCGCCCGAUGCAAGCUCUGAAAUUCCUCGAACUAAGCAUGAACAAACUCAAUCACAUAACAGCGAGAACGUUCUCGGAGUUGCACGAGCUCGAGGAGUUGUACUUGCAGGACAACGGUCUCAAACGAUUGGACCCGUUCUCCUUAACCGCUCUGAAGAAGCUGAAAGUUCUGGACCUAGCCAAUAAUCAUCUGACCGUCCUGCACGACGCGAUCUUUCAGGAAGGUCUGCCUAUCAAAACACUGAACUUGAAGAACUGUUCCAUCGUGAACGUGGAGAGCGGCGCUUUUCGAGGACUGAACAACCUCUCCGAACUGAACCUCGACGAUAACCUUCUCGUUUCUGCUGCCCUGUCUAACCUGAGGAUAUUUGGCCUACGCACACUGUCCGCGUCCGGGAACAACUUCAGUCAGAUCUCGGAGCAUAGCCUGAACGGGUUGCCGUCCCUUCAGGAACUGCUGCUGAACGAGGCGGAGAUCUCGCAACUGCCAGAAAUCGUGUUCGUGUUGAAUCGAAACUUGGCGCGUUUGCAUUUGAACCGCAAUUACCUUCGCAACCUUCCGCCUGGCAUAUUCGAUCGGCUGUUGACCCUUCGAGAGAUUCGACUGGAUCAGAAUCGGUUCCAGGGCAUUCCGUAUUCCGCGUUGGCCAGCGCCCUCAACCUGGAGAUCCUCACGCUGUCGAACAACGAGAUCGUGAACGUGGACGUGGCCAGCUUCGCCAGCUUGAAGUACCUGAGGGAACUGGACCUCAGCCAUAACCGAAUUGAAACUAUGUCCGGCUUCGCCAUGGCCAACCUGUCGCGCCUUAUCUCCGUGGACCUCAGUCACAACCAUUUGAACGCGCUUCCAGCCAACUUCUUUGCUCACUCGACGAUGCUGCGUCGCGUGGACCUGUCCGAAAACAAGUUCAGACAAAUUCCAGCGGUGGCGUUGUCCGGUCAGAAUCUUCCAGGGCUGGCGUGGUUGAAUAUGACCAGGAAUCCGUUGAACAGGAUCCACGAUCUUCCGUCGGAAGCUAAAUAUCCUAUUCUUCAGGAAGUACACAUAUCCGGCACGAACCUUAGCAUAGUCACUUCGCAGGACUUCGAGGCCUUUCCCGCUCUGCUGCAUCUGUACUUGGGCCAGAACUGCAUUCUCAGAGUAUCGCCUGGCGCGUUCAGAAGUUUGCCCAACCUGCUGACGCUGCAUCUCGGUAUGAACAGCUUAGAAAUUCUGCCGAAAGAGAGGCUUCAGGGCAUGGAGCAUCUUCGGAUCCUGAAUCUGACGCACAAUCGACUGAAAGAGCUCGACGAGUUCCCGGAGGACCUGAAAUCUCUUCAGGUAUUGGACCUGUCGUACAAUCAGAUCACGAUUGUGGGCAAGGUGACGUUCAAGAACUUGGUCAGCCUGGUGGAACUACAUCUUUAUGGUAAUUGGAUCAACGCUAUAUCCAGCGAGGCGUUCAGACCGCUAAAGAAGCUACGGCUCCUGGAUCUGAGCAGAAAUUACUUGGAGAAUCUACCAUUGAACGCGUUCCGACCCCUGGAGACCCAGAUACGGAGUUUGCGUGCCGAAGAAAAUCCGCUCCAUUGCAGCUGCGAGUCGCAAGAACUCUGGGAGUGGUUGCGAGAUCAUCAGAAGCUGGUUAGCGGAGUAGGCGGCGGUCGCGGUCGCGGAAGAAACGGCUUCGGGGUUAGCGACGUCGAAGGUGGUCUGUUGAGAUGCCAACAACCGCCGGAACUACGAGGACAAGUUUUCCUCGAUCUCGACCCCCACGCUUUCUGUUCUGUUCCGUUGAUCCUGAAGCUGGCGAUCCAAGAUAUUCAACCGUUCUCCGUGCUGGUAUCCUGGCAGAGCAGGAAUCAUUCCGGCCUUCACGGUUACCAAGUGGGCUACCACGUUCUGGACAACGCCGACGAGGUUCGAGUAAAGCUGCUGGACCCCAAGGCACGUUCCGUGAAGCUGACGAAGUUAGCCUCGGAUACCCGCUACCUGAUCUGUGUGCUCGGGCUGGGCAGUUGGGGCACGUCAAUCCCGGAGGACAUAGGUUCUUGGCAAUGGAACGCCUCUCACGACGACGUGAUCGAGAGCUCUGCCCGUCCAUCCAUGGUGAAUUCUCUCACCAGUCGAUGUACAGAGGUCAGAACGCUGGAUGCUCCCGAUUCGAUAGUCGGUGACGGAACUAUGAGCGACAGAGGAGGCUUGGCGAACAUCCUGACCAGAAGGUUAGGCCUCAUAGUCGGCAGUUGCAUGGGGUUCGUGGUGUUCGUCGUGUUGAUCUCGGUGCUGGGAUACAUGAAGAUGAAGAAACAAAGGUCCUCGGAGAAGAGGGAUCAGCCGUUGUCCUCGAACCCCCAGGCGUACAUGUCCUACAGGCAUUUCUCGCUGCAGAGCGGCGACAGGGCGGACAACGCGUGUCCCAGCUUCAUCAGCAACAUCGGUACCACGCCUUUGAACUCGUAGCACAAGCCGAAGGAGCUCGAUCGUCGUGUCGUAGAGACGAAGAGCGAUCACGAUUGUCCAGGUAUCUUUGGUUAGCCAUAAUCUUCGAUGUGAUCCGAUAUUCGGGACGACACCAGGUUUCGUUCUUCGAGGGUCGAAUCAGUGUCUGGAUCGGGUACUGCACUUUAAACUAGGACACUCAGGCUUUUAGACGGAGUCUGGCGCCAUUCUGGACCGUUCAAUUAAGAGAAGUGCCAAAACUGAUACUCGUAGAUUUGAAUAAACAUUCGACGGUCGUUCUCGCGAGACUUCGACGUCCUCGUUCGUCCGAACAAACGAAAGUUUCUCGCAUCGAUCCGUUGUGCGGAGCGUCGAACGUACCGAGGAAUCACGAAACCGGUCGAUCACUUAUCAGGUGCCAAAAGAAUCGAGGAUAGCAAAGACGUACAUUGAAUCAUUUCGGUUUGAUCGAAAACAAGUGAAACUCGAUGCCAUUGCUCAUAGCAGCGAACGAACGAUUCGCUGAAACCGAUCCUUCUCGACCAUUCGCGUAAACCGAACAACGACAUAAACGACCCCAGUUUUUUGGAACAUUCGUUAUCUCUCCUACGAAGACUGAUUUUUUAAACGACGUUUCCCCCUCAUCGUUUCGAAUGCUCGUAUGUAUAAUCACGAACGCUCGGUCGAAACGCGUCUCCGUAUUAUUAGAAUUUAUUCGAAAAUUACCCUUCGAGUACCCCCGAUGUACUUAUUGCGACGCUGUAUAAAUUCUAACGAGUCAUACGGAGACCCUUUUGAUCGACGGUAUGUACGACUGGUGAGGAUUUUUUUGUAAAUAGUAUACAGAACUGUCUGGCGACUUAACGAUGUUCGUAAUGAAAAUGCUCAUAUAUUACGAUGACUAAACUCGUCCUUUUAGUGCUGCGCAAGCAAUAUUACAGUUACUCGUAUCGAUAGUCCCGACGAUCAGCACGAAAACUUAAUUAAAGAGCCGAUCUUUUAGAAGACUCCAAAUCGAGUUUCUUUCUUUCGUAUAACCCAGUACUGUCCACGAGACGCGUCACGUGGAACGAAUGGUUAAUAAAAAGAGUCUGAGACUCUGUGCAAAGUCCCGUGAACAGUACCGGCGCAAGAAAUCGAAGGAUCCAAAUCGUCCUUCCGUCGAUCAUGUGGUUGUAACAGGACUUCUCGAACAACGCUAACAAAGUAACUCCUGCCAAGUAAACGAGUGAAAGAUAGAACAAAGAAUCGGCUUCGAGUUGCCAAAUGUGUUAUACGGUGACAUUGUGAAAGAUGGAUUUAUUGUAUAUAGAUAGAGAAUAUGUAUACACAUAGCGUUCUUUAUUAUAGCCUAGG